AUGGUGCACGGGACCCCUGGAAACGGUCCGGGGCCGCAGGUCCUAGCAAUCAUCGACUUCGCGAGAUCGCGGAGGGCCCUGACGCUACCGCCGCUGCCGCCGCCGUCGCCGACGCCAGUACGGUGGCGCAGAGACGUCGCGGGAGGCGAGGGAGGCGGGGGCGUGGGGGGGCGUGGGUCGGUAAGUAGUUCCGGGUGCGCGGCCCCGGAUGUUGGCUGCUCCCGCUGCCGCCGCCGCUCUCGGCGCUGCUUCGGGCCCUGGCGGCUCACAACAGGCGCUAUUGGGACCCUUCUUAGGGGGCGGAGUCGCACGCAGCGGCCGGGGGCUCGGCCGGGCCGUCCCGGCCUGCGCAGCCUGAGAUUCUCUUUGUGGCCAGAUGGGUUUGUAUGGACAGACUUGUCCAUCUGUAACUUCAUUAAGAAUUCCAUACGUCAUAAUCUGUCACUCAACAAAUGUUUCCUUAAAGUGCCUCGAUCCAAGGAUGACCCCGGAAAGGGAUCCUAUUGGGCAAUAGACACCAAUCCGAAGGAAGAUACGCUGCCUACUCGGCCAAAGAAGAGGGCACGCUCUGUAGAACGGGCCUCAACUCCAUAUAGCAUAGAUUCAGAUUCUUUGGGAAUGGAGUGUAUUAUUUCGGGAAGUGCCUCUCCAACUCUGGCAAUCAACACUGUGACUAACAAAGUAACAUUGUACAAUACAGAUCAGGAUGGUAGUGAUAGCCCACGCAGUAGCCUUAACAACAGUCUCUCAGACCAGAGUUUGGCAUCUGUUAAUUUGAACAGUGUUGGAAGUGUGCAUAGUUACACACCGGUGACAAACCAUCCAGAACCAGUCUCUCAGUCAUUAACUCCUCAGCAGCAGCCACAGUAUAACCUUCCAGACAAGCAACUACUUUUCUCAGAAUAUAAUUUUGAAGAUCUUAGUGCCUCAUUUCGGAGCCUUUACAAGUCAGUUUUUGAGCAGUCACUUAGUCAACAAGGUCUGGACUGCAGACUUGUGCAAAGGCAGAGAGAAGAGAUAGAGGUGCAGUGGGAGAGAAUGGCAAGGAGACUGCCUGCCUGAGUGAGUGAUUGCCUCAAAGCACAGCAACAUAUCUGCCCUCACCUCCACCUCCGGCCUCUGCCCCUGGUUCCACCCAGGCCCUCUUUGCUGGAAUCUGAAACAUUCUCUUCCGAAGUUUUAGAGCAACAACAAGCUAACAUCUGCCAUAAAUACCUUGGAUAUCAGUUUAUAAAGGUAACUUGUUAUCUUUGCUGAGUUUAAAAGAAGCACUCAUCACUAUUGCCAGAAUCUCCCUGAUUUUCAGAGAAACUGCAAAUAUGAAUUUUUGUGUGAAAUCUCUUGACUUAUAAAUGUUAAAUUUAAAAAUUUCCAAAUACUCUGUGGGUUUAACUUGGUAUGUUCGUAAGCCUCCAGUUUGCAACAUAUUCUUGAGGGACCACAGAAGUUUAGUUAUUGAAUUAGCAUGCAUUCAAAUUUGAAGAUUUGGGGAAGCUCCCUUCUCAUAUAGCCCUAAUUUUUGAAAAAGUCAUCUGUAACUAAACAAAGAGCAGGAAUAUCAAGGGCACAAACCAAAAAGUUCUUUUUUUUCUUUUUGGUGCCAGCGAUCGAACUUGCGACCUCGCACUUGCCAGGUAGUACUUUAUGCCUGAGCUACAUCCCUGACCCAGGUCAUUUUUGUUUUAACAAACUCUUUUUUAGUUUGUUUAUAUAAUAUUAAAUAAUAAACUGCUAUGGGUUUCUUCCUUUCCUUGCUCCCAUAAUCACAACAAUAAAGAUCCCCUUAUCAGCUGGGGAUUUAGCUCAGCGCCAUAAGCACUUGCUUGGCAAGCGCAAGGCUGUGAGUUGGUACCAAAAAGAAAAAGAUCCCCUUACCUUACAAGAUCGUCCAUGGUCAGCCCAGGACCAUAGCUGGAUCAGUGUUUCCCUGGAGGCUGGAAAACUCAUUUGACACUCAUUUUUUCAUUUUGUUUCUUUUUGUAGAUAACAGCUUUCUUGAAAUGUAAUUAAAAUAUCAUACAAUUCACUAUUUAGAGAUUAAAAUGUAGUUGUUUUUAGUAUAUUUACAGUUACGUAAAUACCAGGACAAUUACUUUUAUUUUAUUUUAUUAUUAUUUUUGUCUUUUAGAGACAGGGUCUCGCUAUAUGGUUCAGGCUGACCCUGAGGUCACUUUGUAGCUCAUGCUGGUCUCAAACUCACAAUGAUUCUCCUGCCUCAGCCUCCCCAGUGCUGGGAUUACAGGCUUGCACCAUCAUGCAUGGCUAACUGAAUAAUUACUUUUAAAGAUUUUCAUUAACCUAAAAGAAAUCCUGUAGCCAUACGCAGUCAUGUCCCUUUUUGUCCCAAACACCCUUAACCUGGGCAAUGACAAUCCACUUUGUCACUAUAGAUGUGUCUGUUCUCAAUAUUACAUUUAUAGUACAUGGAAUCAUUUAGUAUGUAAUAUUUUGCCACUGCCCUUUUUUACUUAGCAUAGAAUUUCAAGGUUCACUCAUAAUAAAACAUUUAUAUAUAUAUGUGUAUCGAUACCUCAUUCCUUUUUAUGGCCAAAUAAUAUUCCAUUAUAGGUAAAUACCACAUUUUAUUUAUCCAAAUUUAGUUGCUCAGUAUUUAGAUUCCCUCUACUUUUGAGUGUGUGUGUGUACACGUGUGUGUGCAAGCACAUGCAGAGGGCAAGAGUGGAUAUUGGGAAUUGAACUCAAGGCCUUCACUCUUAGGCUACACUCUCAGCCCUUUUCCUGUUUUUAUUGUUAUUUUUACUUUUGAAUCAGGGUCUCAUUAAGUCAUCCAGGCUGAGAUCGAACUUGCAAUCCUUCUGUCUCAACCUCUCAAAUUUUUGACUCUAAGAAAUAAUAAUGACUAUGAACAUUAUGUGCAAAUUUUGGGGGGUAUAGUGUUUUCUUUCCUCUAAGGUAAGUACUUAGCAGUAGAAUUGCUGAGUCAUGUGAUGACUGUUUAACCAGUUGUAGAACUACUGAACUCUUUUCUGGAGCUGUUGCAUCAUCGUACUUCCUCCCUGCAGUAUAAGAGGGCCCCUUUCUUCCUAUGCCUUCCACUGUUUUUGCUGUUGUUCUUGAGCGAGGGUCUCACAGUAUAAUCCUGGCUGGCCAUAAACUCGAGGUUCUCCUGCCUCAGCAGCCUCCCUGUGCUGGGAUUGCAGGGCGCCACCACACCGGCUGCCUUCCACUCUUGAUACUUCAGACGGUUGACAGCGAUGAGCACCUCCUACAACUCUUCAUUUCUCAGUUAAAGCAUUCAGAGCUGUGCAUUCUCUUUUUAAACAGAAAAAUUUCUUAGGACAAAAUAUAAAACCCAGUUGAGAGCCUUUUUCUAUUCUUUGUUUUAGUCAAGUUCCCUGUUUGGAGUGGAGUGGCCCUGUGUUCUCUUAAUCUCAGUCUGUGGAGUACAUCUUUUUCCCAGAUGAAGGAAGGAAUGUCAUAUGGCAAAUGACUUAAGAAUCUGAUCCUGUCCAAGGAUCUGACACAUAUGUGUUAUUACGGGUCCUGCUCUGGAUGACAUUCUGAUCUUUCUUAUAAUUUGGAUUUUUGAAGCAAAGCCAGACAUUGUAUCAUUUUGCCCAUAAACACUGCAGUAUCCUUCUCUAAUACACAGAACGUAGGUUGCCUUAUAUUAAGUGUGAUUCACUUCUUUGUUUUCUUUUUCUUUCUUUUUUUAUUUUUUAUUUUAUUUUAUUUUUUGUCUUUUGGAGAAAGGGUUUCACUAUGCAGUUUAGGGGGGCCUUGAACUUACCUUGUACCUCAGGCUGAUCUCAAACUCACAAUAAUCCUCCUGCCUCAGCCUCCUCAGUGCUGAGAAUACAAGCCUGCACCCCCAUGCCUGGCACAUUAACAGUAAUUUCUUCAUGUCUUCUAGUAUGUAGUCCGUAAACCCUGAUUAUCUUAAAAAUGCCUUUCAUAGCACUUUGGAUCCGAGUACAAACAAGGUUCACACAUUUGAUUGUUUAGUCUUUUGAUUAUCUUUUCUCCUAGAUUAAUUCUUUUUGACAGAUCAUAUUUGGAUAAACAAAACAAUCUAAAUUAAUGUAAAACAAUAUUUAGUAAUGUAAAACAGAAUGUGAUUAAAGAGCUUUGUAAAACUCUUCAGCCCCAUUGGAAGACAUAUAUGCCAGAUAAUUAGAUUUGAAGUUCCAACACCAUUGCUGUAGGCUGUGUCAUCUCAGGCAAAUUACUUUAGUUUUUAUUAAAAGUUACACGUGUGCAUAGUUUGAAAAGACAGUUCAGCAAGGCUUGUUACUGACAACAUACAAAGCACUUAUCUGUUACUACCACUACUUGAUUUUCUACCUCCAAGAGACAUUCAUUUUUAAUUUUUCUGCUUAGGUUGCUUGUUGUAUUUUUAACCUUUACAUCUCUCAAUAACAAGCUUAUGUUGCUAGUUCUUGAUUUUCUACUUUAUGUGUUGACGCCCUGCAGUGGGUGAUGAUGAUUUCAUGGCAUUGCACCACAGAUGCGCAGCCUGUAGUCCCUGUCCUCAGUGAGCUGGAGCGGCGCUUCCUCUACUGUGAGAGUGAGCGUGUUCCUCCCGCAAGACACUGGGAUUGCUGGUUUUCACUGUGCAGUUUGUUUUUCUGAAGCCAAUAGAAGUCUUGCUUAUUGCUUUGCAUAGUUUUUAAAAAAAUGUAUUUAUCGCUGAUUCUGAACUAAACUGUCUCCAGUUGUUUAAAUUUCCUCUCCUUAUGUUCAGACAGGUAGUCACUUUCCUUUUUUUUUCUCACUGUACUUGGGAUUGAACCCAGACCCUUGUACUUGGUAGACAAGCACUUUUUUUUUUUUUUUUUGUCUUUUUCCUUUUUAUCAGUACUGGGGAUCGAACUCACGACUGCCUGCUUGCAAGGCAGGUGCUUAUGCCGCCGAGCUAAAUCCCCAGCCCCUGGUAAGCAAGCACUUUGCCACUGAACUAUAUCCCUGUCGCUUUUAUUUUAGUUUUGGAGACUGGAUCUUGGUAGUUGCCCAAGCUGGCCUUGAACUUGCCUUUCUCUUGCCUUAGCCUCCCAAGUGUCUGGUCUCGGUCUCCCUCCCUCCUUCUCCUUAUUUUGCCAUAAAGUAUUCCUACAUUGCCUAGGUUGCCUUUCAACUUGGUAUUCUGCCUCAGCUUUCUGAGUACUGGGAUUCCAGGUAUGUACACUGUUUGCUAUACAUUCUGAGAGAUCGCCUCAGUUUAUUUUUCAGUCUUUCUUUAUUACUAUAAUUGUAUCAGUCAGUGCUUACUAGAGAAAAAGAUUUAAUGCAAGAUAUACAAAUAUAUAAGAAUUUACAAGAUUGGCUACCAGUGGCUGCUCACAGAGUCUGGUGAGGAAGAGUGCAAAAGGUCUGUGUACUGGAGAUCUAAAGGAUCCAAUCAAAGACCUGGAGCUCACUGUGUUCUGCCAUGGGAGUCCUUAUCAGAAGACUGAAGGGUCUGUGAUGGAAGGUUGCUGAUGAUGUCCUAGGUGAAGGUGACAGCCAGCACUUCUCCAGAGAAAGUGCAGCUUGCCUUUCUUCUUUGUUCUCCUUUUAUACCAUUCAAGGGAAAAUCCAACCUAGAGCGAGUCUUCUGUCUUCAGUAAAUCCCUGUAGCAACACUCAGAACUACACUGAUCCAAUCUAGUUGGGUGUUUCUUUCUCAAAUGCACACAAUCAGUUAAUUAUUACAGCAAUUGUAUUUUUAAGAACUUCUAUUGUUCUUGUUCACUGAAUGUACCUCUUUACUUUUUUCUACCUGUUUCAGGAGUAAAUGUUUUCUUGCUAAUGAUUUAAACAUCUGUAAAGUUUUUGUUUUCCUGUGUAUUUUGUGUUGUUCCAGAUCGUAUUAAUUUUUUGCUUAUUUUGGUUUCCUGUCUUCAUAUGACAUAGUUUUCACUAAUGCCUUGCGAUCGUGGUUAGUAGCGGGUCAUAUUUAAGAAGUGCUUUCACUCUCAUUUGCUCUCCUAUUUCCAGUGGUAGGUGAGAUUUUGGAAGGGAAUCUCAUGGCGUGCUGCGCAUUACAGCUCACUUUUUCUCCUGAAGUACAGUAUGGGGUUCAGCUUUUUUGGCUUUACUGAGUUCUACUUGCUUUUUUCUUACCUUCCAAGCUUCCUACAUUCUGGUGUCUCCUCUCCUGUUCUCUUUGACCCAUUUGCUGCUGCUGUACAGUUCACAAUCUUUUCUAUCAUUUUUGGGGGUUGAGGAAAAAGAAAAGAUACACGUGUAAACUACAUGUGUAAAUCAGGGUCAGCAAAUUAUGGUUUCUGUGCCAGAUUCAGCCCACAGCUUGCUUUAGAGUGACCUUAUUUAAAAUGUUAUUACAUUUUUAAAAGAGUUUUUAAGCAAAAUAGGAUCCAUUCUGCCAGUCUGUGUCUUUUGACUGAUGAAUUGAGACCGUUAAUAUUGAUGGUUAUAACUGAAAUGUAUUGACUUAUUCUUAUCACAUUAUUUUCCUGUUGUUGGCUAUCCUGCCCCCUUUUUUAUCCUUCUGUCUAAUUGUUUGCCUUCCACGGUGGAUUCCUUCUGUUAGGGUCAUGGAGCUGUAGUCCUUAUUAUCUCUUUCUAGAAUGUCCUAGUUUGGUGGUCAUAAAUUUCCUCAGAUGUUCUUUGUCAUGGAAGUAUCUUACUUGUUUCUUAAUUUUGAAAGUAAGUUUUGCAGGGUACAUCGAUCUGGAUUGAAAGUUGUUUUCCUUUAGAACUUGGAAUACUUCACUUCAAGCUCUGUUUUUUUGUCUUUUUGAGACGGGGUCUCACUAUGCAGUUCAGGCUGGCCUUGAGCUCACUUUGUAGCCCAGGCUGAUCUCGAACUCGCAACGAUCCUCCUGCCUCAGCCUCCCGAGUGCUGGGAUUACAGGCAUGAGCCACCACGACUGGCACCAAGCUCUUCUUGACUUGAGAGUUUGUGCUGACAUGUCAGCUGUGAUUCUAAUGGGCUUUCCUUUACAGGUAAUUUUUUUGUUUUCCCUAAUACGUUUUAAGAUUGUAUUCUUGUGUUGAAUUACUGGACUGUUGCCUGUGAUAUGCCUAGAUGUAGAUUUUUUUUGGAUUCUUGCUAAGUGGAGUUCUGUAUGCCUCACUUAUUUGCAUGUCAAAUUCUUUUUCUCUAUCAGAAAAGUCUUCUGUCAUGAUACCUGUGAACAUGUUUUUAAAUGUCAUUUGUGGUAUCUUUUACUUGUUCAUUGAUUCCGAUUAAUCGUAAGUUAUUCUUUUUUUUGUCUCAUCAAGCAGCUGCUGGAUAGAUUUCUCAUGGUCUCUUGCUAUUUUUUUCCCCUUGCUAUUUUUGAAAACUCUUUCUUUUCUUGUUCACUAACUGCAAGCCUCUUUAGAGUUUCUGAGAUCCUGUUCUCACACUGGCCUGAUCUGCUUUGAAUACUUUCAGUGGAGUUUUCAUUCUCCUGAGUAUCUGCUUGAAUCUAUUUUAUGGAUUCCAUUUGUUACCUAUGUUGUGCUUCCAUAAUUUGCUUAAGCUUGUCUAUUUUUUGUCUGUAUCUGCUCUAACAUCACGAAGCAUGGUGUGAAUUUUGAUAAUCUCUGUAGUUAUCUGACAGAUUAUUUCUGAUUUCAUUUUUUCCAGAGCCUCAUUCAAUUGCUUUGUUGUUACUACUUCAGAGACCUGCUGGAGGGCUUUUAGAUUUUUCCCACCUGAUUGCCCCUUGGGGUUUGCCUUUGGUGAACUGGGUGUCUGAGGUUGUGUCUUGUUUAAGUAUCUUCUCAUUUCUUUUCUUCUUUAGUUUAAUUGUUAGAGUGAUACUUGUUGGUUGCCUGUGGUAGGUUGCUUUAUUGGUGGUAUUUAGGACACCCAGGAGAUGAUCACUUCUCUGAGGUAUCUUUCAGAUGUAGGUGGUUUUUGAGCUCUGAGUCUAUUGGAAGAUCUGACCUCCUCAGUUUGCUGAAGAUGAGCAGCUAUUGCUUGCCUGGCCCAGUCCCUGGUUCUUUGGCACUGUGCCACAGUAUUCUCUGUGGCCCUUAGUCAAUCUGAGUCAUAGAUUAUCAGGGUUUAGAACAGUUAAACAGCUGUUUAGAACAGUUAUGUCAGUUUUGGCUGUAGUGGUACCAAUAGCAUCAAACACAUCCUAUAAAACAAUAAACUGGGCCAACCCCUGAUUUGCAACUUUUUAACUAUAUGGACUGAACUUUUGAUCAUAUAACAAAAUGCAAAACAAUUAUAUACAUUGUAUAUCUGUAAAAUGUAAAUUCUGUCCUCAAGGCUUAAAAUUCAAAAUGGGUUAAGGAGAAAACAAAGCAGGAAACAAGAAAGAGAUUACAAUUACAAGUAGGUUGGAGGACAAAGAUGGAUCCUAUCAACUUGGGGAAACUGAUGCAGAAGACUGAAGGAAAAGAGAUUUCUGCUGGUUCCUGGUAUUAUUAUAGCAGUUAUUCUUGAGUACUCACUAUAACAAGUGCUAAGAGCUCUGUUUGGAUUAUAAAAUAUAGGUUCAUGGUAAGCAAAUACAUGACCCAAAACCAUAGAGCCAGAACUCAAUGGUGGAUGGGGAGGACUUCAAACCCUCAACUCUUAUCUCUAUUAUACCAUAAUGCCUCCAAUGUAUUUGCAUACUCAAGCUCCAGAGGUUAACUAGUAUAGUUCACUAAGUAAUUGCAGGAGGUGAGAACAGAAGGCAGGUAUACAUGCCACAUUUUUCUCUUUGCUCCUCUACUGCCUCUGAUGAUGACUAGGACACUGGGCCUGCCUUCUAGGUGCUUAAGGACUCAUACAUGCAGUGGCCAGAAGUGACAUACAGCACAAACCUGGGCUAAGGCAAUUAGAGGGCAGAAAGGUUCUUCUGCCCUCUUGUGGUUCAGUGUGACUAUUACAUAUCCAAGCCCCAUGAAAACGCACUGAAAUACCUUAUAAAGGCACUUGGCAGCAGGCACAAAACCACAGGAGAUGACUCUCUCUGGCCUGAAGAGGACAUUUAAUAACGUGACGUUCUGAUUUUGAAAAAUAUUACUUAUGAUAAGAACGCUCAUCCUAACUACAGCUCAGAAAAAAAACAAACUAAAAACCUGUAUUACACAAUAAUAAAGAAUAUAAACACCCUCAAUAUCCAUCAAGAAAAGUGAUGAAGGUUUAAAAAUAUUCUAAGCCCCAAAUAAAACUCCUAAUCCUUGCUUUUUAUACUCAGUGAUUGUAGAACUCUUUCCAUACCAGCAAGAUAUUUAGUUCCUCAUUCUGCAGGUGGCAGAGCACUCAUUGGACAGGGGAACUACCAUGGAGUAACUUGUGUCCUACAAAUGACAACUUCAAACUGCUUCCAAAUGUUUACUAUUAAAAACAAUGCUGCAGGGGCUGGGGAUUUAGCUCAGCAGCAUAAGCGCCUGCCUUGCAAGCACAUGGUCAGUCAGUUCAAUCCCUGGUAUCGAUUUAAAAAAAAAAAAAAGUGUUUAAAAACAAUGCUGCAAAUAAACAAUGAGAUGAAUUCCUGGGAGUGGACAUGCUGGGUCAAAUGGCACAUCCACACUUACGCACCACUUCCCCUUUGAAACUUUUUCCCUCUGACUCUCUUCUGUCUCUCUGGCUGCUCCUUCUCAGCCUUCUUCCCACACUGCCUUACUUGCUCCUUCCUUAGUUGUCAGUUUACUGGGAUUUGGUCUCCAUCUCCCUUCAUCCUACAGUCCUUUCUUCUUUUCAGCAUUUGUCACCUACUCUUGUUUCCAGCUAUGAGUUUUCUUCCUGGAAGGCACCUAAGGUCAUUACAUCUUUUAAGUCCACAGUUUCAGAAUUAUUUUAUAUACUUACUACUCCUGUAUGUAAGUACAGAUAUAAUAUGCAUGCAUACAUAUGUUCAAAUAUGAAUAUAUAUAUAAUGUCCUGCCCCUUUCUACAGUAAUGGUGGCAUCACACCCUAAAUUGAAGCAGUUUUAAGGGAAUUCUGCAAGGCAGCAGUCUUUAAAGGAGAUAAGUGUGACCCUUGGUAGAGGAUAAGGCACAUGCCUGUAAUGUCGGCACUUGGGAGGCUGAGACGGCAGAAUCGUUGCAAGUUCCAACCCAGAAUAUCUUUUCGUAUGCUAUUGACUUUGUCAGUAAGUUCCCAAUUUAGGAAGGAGUUCCGGGGGGACAUUCAUAUGUUGGAUUCAUUCCUAGGUCUGACAAAGUGAGUCUUGUACAACACACUAGUGAAAGUUUGCAACCCAAAUAUUGCUAGGUCAGGGAUUUAUAUAUGUUCUUUGAAAACGUAACUAUUCAUAUUCUUGGUCCAUCUGAAAAAUGAGGUUGUCUUCAUAUCGUGUUAUAAGAGUUGUAUUGCUUACUUUUUCCCAUAUUUUCAAUUGAGAAUAAAAGAUUCCUAACUACCUAGGAAAGCACUAUCUUUUCUCUCUUGGGUGGUGACAGUGGUAUGGUACUGGGGAUCAAACCCAAGAACCUGCACAUACAUACAAGGCAAAUCCUCUACUACUAAGCUAUAUCACUAGCCACCAUUAUUCUUUUCCAGUAUCAAGAAGUAACCAUCAGAACUAUGGAUGUUCUUCAAUGUACAAUAAGGUUACAGCGGGGCUAGGGAUUUAGCUCAGCAGCAUAAGCGCCUGCCUUGCAAGCAGGCAGUCAUGAGUUCAAUCCCUGGUACUGAUAAAUACGAAAAAGACAAAAUAAUAAUAAUAAUAAUAAGGUUACGGCAUGAGACACCAUAAUUAAGCUAAAAAUAUAUUAAGUUAAAAAUGCAUGUAAUUUACCUAACCUAACCAGGCAUGAUGGUGCACAUCUAUAAUCCCAGCACUUGGGAGGCUGAGCCAAGAGGAUUACUGUGAAUUCGAGGCCAGCCUGGAACAUCUCAACAAACAAACAAACAAACAAACAAAAAAACUACACACACACACACACACACACACACACACACACAUAAAACUUUAUCUCUUACCAAAUAUCAAAGCUUAACCUAGCUUACUUUAUUAAACAUGCUCAGGAGACUUAUACCACCCACCAAAGUUGGGCAAAACUAUCUGACACAAAAUUUAUCCAGUAAUAAAGCACUGCAUAUCUCAUAUAACCUAGUGAACACUACACUAAAAGUAAACAACAGAAAUGUAGUAUACGUAUAUUUCUGCACUCUUGAAAACGUUGGUAUAGACAAAGACUUUAUGAACAAAAGCCCGACUGCACAGUAACUAUCACACAGGAUCAACAACUGGGAUCUCACCCUACUAAAAAGCAUUUGUACAGCAGAAGAAACCACCAACAGAGUGAAGAGACAAACCCACAAUGUGGGAGAAAAUGUUUGCCAGCUGUAUCUCAGACAAAGGAUUACUAUCAAGAAGAUAUAAAGAACUCAAAAAAAUCAGUCCUCCCAGAUUUAAAGACCCAAUAGAAAGAUAGGCAUCUGAGAUGAACACACACUUCUCAGAUGAAGAAGUACAAACAGCAAAUAAAUACAGGAAAAAAUGUUCAACAUUACUGGUCAUUUGAGAGCUGCAAAUUAAAACAACACUGAGAAUCUACCUCAUCCAGAAAGAAUGACUGUUAUCAAGAAAUCUACCAAUAACAAAUACUGGAGGGGCAGUGGGGAAAAAGAACCCUUCUCCACUGGGGGUGGGAAUGCAGACUGGUGCAAGCACUGUAGAAAUCAGUGUGGAAACUCCUCAAAAAACUUUAGGAUUGAAGGUCCCAUUCAACCCAGCUAGUCCCCUUCUGAGUAUCUUCCCAAAAGAAUUAAAAACAUCAUAGCACAGUGAUAUAUGUGCACCCGUAUUUACAGCAGCACAAUUUGUAAUAGCCAGAACUUGCAAACAAUCUAAAUUACCCAUCAACUGAGGAAUGGAUAAAAAAAAAAAAAAAAGAUGUGGUAAUUCUUUUGAUUGGUUUUACAGUGUUUUGUUUUUGGCUUGAUUUUGCCAUACCUGAUGGGAUGGAUAACUAUUGUAAAGACAAGAUAUACUACGGUAGCUAUUAUUUUUUUUUUCAGUAUCCUGCUUUAAAACUCUGUACUAAUUCUGCUGCACUGUCUUAUUGGCUUUGUUCUGUCUUGUUUUGUUGGAUUUUACAUCAUUAAAAUAAAAAAUUUUUUUAAUUAGAUAAAAAAAGAUGUACUUUUAUGCAACAGGAAUACUACUCUGCUAUCAAGGAUAAACUGGACACUUUUACAGGUGAAUGGGUGCAACCUGGGACCAUACUCAUUAGUGAAAUAAAUAAGACACAUAUAUGUAAACACUGUAUUGUCUCAGUGUUAGAAGCUAAAAGAAACAACAUGUAUAUACGUAUGUAUGUAGAAAGAAGAUAGUUAUACUACUGAUUUCUCUGAGUUCACUGAAGAGAAAGAUUUGUGCUAGUAUUGUUCAGACAAGAAUGGCAUUUUACACUUUUGUAAAUCUUUUUUAUGUCCAGUUUACUGAAAAAAAUCUGGGCUCAGGGCUGGGGAUUUAGCUCAGUGGCAUAAGCGCCUGCCUUGAAAGCAGGCAGUCGUGAGUUCAAUCCCUGGUACCGAUAAAAAGGAAAAAGACAAAAAAAAAAAAAAAAAAAAAUCUGGGCUCUAUUUGCUUCCACAUGCAGUAUGUCAUAAAUUGUUUGGAACAAAGUACAGAAUAUGUAAAUUUUGUCCUCUCAUAGAUUAAACAAAAAAGGAAAGAGCAUUAUACUAACCUCUUCAAAUGAUUCUGGAUACCCUGCUUAGAUACUAACCAAAACUCAAACACUAAUAGUUUCCUAUAGGUUAGUCAUAAUACGGAAUCUAGAACAAUAUUCAGACAUCAUUACUUGUGGACUUCAGGACUCAUCAAAUCUUGUACCUGUUAAAUUUUGAUGAGAAAAUGUUUUAGCACUUGGGACCAGCAUCAGUCUCAGGGUCACUCAGUAACAGUGCAAAGCCCUGACACAGCCCUCAUUCUUCUUUUGUUCUUUUGUGCAUUUGAGAUGCUAAUCAUGGGUCACAAGGUUAGGAAUGUGCUGCAAAGCCUAAAAGACUUAUAUUAGUUGAGUAAAAGACCAUAUUAUUAGUCCAGUAAAACGUGAAAGUCGUGAGGAACUUUAAUGAGUUAUUUCUAAUUACAUUUUUUCAUAUGGGAAAAAUCUGUUCAGUACUUGUCAGUCUGACACCCAUCACAAAUUCUGGAAAGAAUUAACUACAAUCACUGAGGAAUGACUGUACACGGAUGAACAUUUUCAGACCCUGUUACAUUAAAAUCCACUGCCCUCAAAGUAUAAAUAACUUAAAGAGUAAAAUAAAAGACAGAUAAUAGCUAUAGGGAGGAUAGGUCUUUUACAAAUGAGAAAAGGACUAAGCAAUGAAGACAGCAGGAGGGAAGAGAAGAGAAAGCAAAA